AACAUUUCAAGGUUGUCCAUUUAUAGGCCAUGAUGAAUCUCAGAAUUCAUUAAAUCAAGGUAAUUUUCUUGAAAUGGUCAAGCUUUUGGCUUCAUAUAACAAGGAGGUGAAAGGAGUUGUGUUACAAAAUGCUCCAAGAAAUGCCAAAUACACUUCAUCUAAUGUCCUGAAGGAAAUUCUAAGCAUUGUUGCAUGGAAAGUGCAAAAAUUAAUAAGAGAAGAAAUUGGCACUAGCAAGUUUUGCAUCAUGGUUGAUGAAGCUCGAGAUGAAUCUAAAAAGGAGCAAAUGGCAAUAGUCAUCCGUUUUGUCAACAAAGGACUUAUCAAGGAACGUUUUCUUGACCUCGUUCAUGUGAAGGAUACUACUGCAUUGACUCUUAAGAACUCAAUUUGUGCUAUCUUAACUGCUAAUAGCUUGAGUAUAGAAGACAUCAGAGGCCAAGGUUAUGAUGGUGCAAGUAAUAUGAGAGGGGAGUGGAAUGGAUUGAAGGCUCUAAUUCUAAACAAGUGUCCAUAUGCAUAUUACAUUCAUUGCAUGGCUCAUCAACUGCAAUUGGCUCUAGUGGCAGCAUCAAGGGAAGUGCAACAGGUACACAACUUCUUUCAGCAUGCAACUUUUAUCAUAAAUGUUGUUAGUUCAUCUACUAAGCGCAAUGAUGAGUUACUAGCUGCACAAGCUGAAGAAAUAACUCGUGAAAUUGAAUUGGGAGAGCUUGACACUGGACAAGAUGCAAAUCAGAUGAGCUCUCUACAGAGGCCAGGGGACACUAGAUGGAAUUCUCAUUACAAGUCAAUUCAAAGCUUAAAGAAGAUGUUUAGCGCCACAAUUUCAGUCCUACGGAGUAUUGCAAAUGAUCGUUCAGUUUCAAAGUAUUCUCGUGGUGAUGCUGCAGGUGCACUACAAAUUAUUGUCAAAUUUGAUUUUGUGUUUAUUUUGCUCAUGAUGGAAAAGAUUAUGAAGAUUACCGAUAUGCUAUGUCAAACACUCCAAAAGAAGUCAAUUGAUAUUUUAAAUGCACUAGAUUCAGUUUCCAAUACUAAAGUCUUACUUGGUAACUUGCGAAACGAUGGUUGGGAUCCUCUUCUUCAGGAGGUCAAUUACUUUUGUGAAAAGAAUGACAUCGAUAUUUUGGAUCUGAAUCACAAGUUUGUUGAUGUGACCAAAUCUCGAAAUAAGAAUGAUAACACCAUCGUUUUUCAUCAUUAUAAAUUUGAUGUGUUUAAUGUUGAAAUUGAUCAACAACUGAAUGAGAUAGAAGAUCGAUUUGGUGGCCAAGCGACAGACCUUUUAUCACUUUGUGCUUCCUUGAAUCCAAUACUUGGCUCUUUUGACAUAGAAAAGGUAUGCUCUCUAGUGGAAAAGUAUUAUCCUGCAGAUUUCUCAAAUCAAGAAAGAAUGCAAUUAGAGUGCCAAUUGCCACAUUUUCAACUUGAUGUUUGCAACCAUCCAGAACUAAAGGGUUUAUCAUCUUUGGCUGAUUUAACAAGUGGAUUAGUUAAGCUGGGUAAAGAUUCUUCAUAUCCGAUGGUAGAUAAAUUAUUGAGAUUACUCUUGACUCUCCCUGUGUCAACUGCGACCACAGAGAGAGCCUUUUCAGCUAUGAAAUUUGUGAAGACACGUCUUCGAAGCAAAUGGGAGAUGCCUAUUUACGAGAUUAUCUGGUGGUUUAUAUUGAAAGGGAACCGGCAAUGAUUAGUUCUGAUGAUAUUAUCAAGGCCUAUGAUCUAGCUAAUACACGUAGAGCUAAAUUCAAAAUAACUGAGAUGUAAUUUUAUUUUGUUUGACAAAAUAGAUGAUGUUUUAUUAUACUGUUUUGUAAUGAAGAUUAUAUAUCAAUAUAUGCAUUGUGGUUGGUUUGC